GUCGGGAUUGGCCCGCGGCGGUGACGUGGCGCGGCGGGCGGAAGUGCGGGGGCUCCGACCAUGCUCCGGCAGGACAGCAAUGAUGACAUUGAAGAUGUGUCUCUCUUUGAUGCAGAUGAUGAUGUAUCCAGGAGAUCAAAAAAGUCAAAAAUAAGGCAUCCAGUGGCAUCAUUUUUCCACUUAUUCUUCCGAGUCAGUGCGAUAGUUGUCUAUCUGCUCUGUGAGCUCUUAACUAGCAGCUUUAUUGCCUGCAUGGUGACAAUUAUCCUCCUCUUGUCGUGUGACUUUUGGGCUGUAAAGAAUGUGACAGGGCGACUGAUGGUUGGCCUUCGCUGGUGGAACCAGGUAGAUGAUGAUGGUAGAAGUCACUGGAUAUUUGAAGCCAGAAAGGUGUCAGCACAAGGGAGUAAAACCUCAUCAGAAGCAGAGUCCCGAAUUUUCUGGUUAGGUCUAAUUACCUGUCCUAUGAUCUGGGUGAUAUUUGCUUUCAGCGCUCUCUUUUCUUUCAAAGUAAAAUGGCUGGCAGUGGUUGUGAUGGGAGUGGUGCUUCAGGGAGCCAACCUUUAUGGUUAUAUCAGGUGUAAAGUUGGCAGUAGAAAGAACUUGACAAGCAUGGCGACCAGCUAUCUUGGGAAGCAGUUCUUGCGACAGACUGUGGCUAAAGAGGACCAAACAGCAUCUUGAGUAUGGUGAAAGCAUCAAGCCAGACCUGAUUCACAGUAAUGGACAACAGGGGAUGUUGCUCUGACCAUGAGAUUUGGGAGCUGCAUACAUGAGGUGUGAAAUAAAAGAAGUAAAUAAAUUGUGCAAGACUUCA